AUGUUCAUCCUGACCAAAAUCGCCGACUUGGUGCAGAUUGCGCCGGCAGACUUCUCCAAGCGGAGCAAGGAAGCCAUUGAGGACAACAUCAACGCCAAAUACUCCAACAAGGUCAUCCAGAAAAUUGGUCUCUGCAUAUGCUUGUAUGACCUGCAAUGGGCCUCAGAAGGUCUCAUCGGCCAUGGCACUGGCCUGGUCAAUGUCAAUGCUGAUCAAGCGCAAUCUCUAGUCGAGUUUCGCAUGGUGGUGUUUCGUCCCUUCAAAGGUGAGGUCAUGAUGGCCAGAAUAUCAACCUCCACGCCCGAAGGCAUCUACUUGCAGACGGAUUUCUUCGCCGACAUCUUUGUUUCGUAUGAGUACCUACCACCGGGUGCCGAAUUUAGUCAUAGCCAUCAACUCUGGGUCUGGAACGUUGAUGAAGAGCAACGGCUCCUUUAUGAAAUGCACGAAAUGGUCCGCUUCCAGGUCAUCGAUGAGGAGUGGCACGACCAAGCACCUGCUGGACCAAAAAAGCAAGAAGAAACGGAGGCAACGGCACCAUACAGAAUCAAGGGCAGCAUGAUUGCUGAUGGACUAGGCCUGUGCCUCUGGUGGGACUAG